GCAACGAGCUCAGUCUGACGACCGAGAGCCCCGAGUGAGCAGCUCCCUGUCUCCAGUUCCACAAGCCAGGGAGUCCUCCAAGGAGCCAAAACAGUGUAACUCCCCCUUUUUCUCCCGGACCCCAGAGGCCAGUCUUAUCAGCCAGAGACCUCCCUCUCCCAAACUUUCGCCGGGACAAGGGGCCAUGUGCCCGGGCUCCGGCUCCCCGUGUGCCCCGGGGACGGGCUGGUUAAGGCAGCGGCUCGGGCAGUGCCCGACGCUCUGAGACCGCUCCGCCCGGGGUUGCAGCCUGGGGGAAGGGGAGAAAGAGGGGGUGGAGGAGAUCUCUCCCCUCUCUGUCUCACUCAGCCCCUUCCCCCUCCGAUCAUGGACUACAUCUUCCGCAAGAGGAAGCUCCUGAAGACAUUGCUGAGCCUGUCGCUGUUCUUCGCCGUCCUGGCCCUCCUCCAGAAACUCAAACUGGGGGAUGGCCUGAGCCCGAACGCGGGGCUCCGGGUGGAGGCCUCCGCCGGCGGAGGAGAAAGAGGAGGAGGCAGGAGACAGCUGGAGGUUGCAGUAGGGGGCUGGCUGGAAGCCGAGAAUAUCAUCUACCGGAGCGGAGCUAACAGUAACGGGAGUAACGGGGGCGCGGCGGCGGCUCCAGCUCCGGGCUCCGAAGAGGCACAGAUGGGUCCGGCAGCGGGUUCGGCGAAUCUCAGCAGCCCGGCCUGGGAUAUAACGGUCACCGAGUGCAGUCCGAACGCCUCAGUGCGGAGCCUGCCCUGGUUCUCGGGGCUGGACAGCCGCUUCCAGCAGUACGUCCUUUACCGGCACUGCCGUUAUUUCCCGCUGCUACUCAACCAUCCGGAAAAAUGCCGACCGUCGUCGGGCGGAAAACGGGAGUCCGGGUCGCCUCACCUGCUCAUCGCCGUCAAGUCGGUCAUUGAGCAGCACGACCGCCGGGCGGCCGUCAGGAAGACCUGGGGCCGGGAACUCACCAUGGGCGGCCGCAGCAUCAGGACCGUCUUUCUGCUGGGCACGCCGGCCGCCGGCAAGGACCGGAGGAACCUGCAGAAGCUUCUGGAAUACGAGGACAGGCUGUACGGCGACAUCCUGCAGUGGGAUUUCAUGGACACCUUCUUCAACCUGACCCUCAAGGAGGUCAACUUCCUCAAGUGGUUCGACAUCUACUGCCGCGGCACCCGCUUCAUCUUCAAGGGCGACGACGACGUCUUCGUCAACACCGAGAACCUUCUGGAAUUUCUGGCGUCGCAGAGCGAGGGGCCCCGGCGCGAGAAUCUGUUCGCGGGCGACAUCAUUUCGCGCGCGCUGCCCAUUCGCAACCACCAGAGCAAGUACUUCAUCCCCAAGCAGCUGCACGACCGGCCUUACCCGCCUUACGCCGGCGGGGGCGGCUUCCUCAUGGCGUCGGCCCUGGCCCGCCGGCUGCUCAACGCCUCAGAGGGCAUCGAGCUGUACCCUAUCGACGACGUCUACCUGGGCAUGUGCCUGCAGAAGGUAGGCGUCGAGCCGCAGCUGCACUACGCCUUCAGGACGUUCGGCAUCGUCAAGCGCCGGGUCAGCCCCAUGAACAGUGACCCGUGCUUCUACAAAAACCUGGUGGUCAUCCACAAACUGAGCCCCGAGGGGCUGCUCCAAAUGUGGGACACCGUCCACAACUCGACUCUCGUCUGUGCCAAGAAAUUCUCCGUCAAUUUGGACGAGUAAUGUCGUUCCUUUUCGUGGAGUGACAAGGCUAGGUACCGUACUUCUGAAGGAGUGAAUCAUUUGAGCCUGUGAAAUCUGUUUGUUGUUGUAAAGAGAGACCGACCCUAUUAAGAAUCACACAGAUAUUAAACUUAACUGAGCUAAGGUACUUUAUAGAAUAGACAUUUAUUUUAAAAAACUGCUGUAUUUUAGCACAAACUACAGUGUUUAAUCUCUAUGUAUAAAGUUGCACUCCCCUCAGUAAACGUGCCUACAGGUGCUUCAACUGGAGACUGUAAUUUCCUUUCUUACACGUUUUUGUGUGUCACGAUUUGUUUUGGCGGGGUGGGAGACAUUCAAAUACGUUUCACAGAAUUAAGGUAGUAACCUUUACCCCUUUGUUCAUCCUGUCCUGCAAGUAGUUUUAUUUGACGUAGGAACGAAAUUUAUCCUGUGAUAACAUGCCCAAGUAGCUUGUUCAUACUUGCGUGGUGGGCUGUUAAGUAAGUGGGUGUACCUGUAACUGUACCCAGGAGUGCAGAAUCUGAUAAAGGUCAAAAGAGGAAGCCUGACCGGGGGCUAUGCAUUGACGAUAGAGCUUGGCCUUGUAUUGACAUAGGACUAACUAACUUUCGGGACAAUAAAUAAGAGACGUCACCUUUCCGGUCCGUCAAAUUCAGCCACCAGUUAACCAUUCAAUUCUUUAGGGGGAAAAAAAAGGACACGGACUUUGAAUAGUAUGUUAUAAUGAAGCAGAAUUGAUAGCACUUUUAAUCCGACCCUCACAAAAAAAUGCAUACUGAUAUAAGGAAAGAAAACCUAAAAUAAAACCUGAAUAAGCCUAUUCUGUGAAGUGUUUGAGUGACUGCAUUAAACUGGGAAAACUGUAAUGUGCAAACUAUUAGUUCAAAUUUUUCAUUUUCCCACCACCAUCCCCCCCAACCCCCAACCAAGUGUAGCCUUUGAUCUCCGAAGUUAAUUAACAGCAGGGCUGAAAUGACCGAAUUAUGGUGCAAUGGGAGCUCUCGUUGUCAGUCUGCUCCACACCCAAUUCUAAACCUGUGCUUGGGGUGAAGCUAUUGUAUGGGAAGACUGAUGCCAGUGUGAUUUCUGGGGUAUCUAACCUUGAUAGGAAGAAUUGGGAAAUCCAGAAUAAUGUUUUAUUUUUAGAAUUAGCCGUUUUUAGUAAAUUGAAGUUGGUGCAACAAUCAGUUACAUUUAAGAAUCUGAUACUUAGUGCUGAUAUGGAUUGCACCUGCAGCAGAUAUUCUUGACAGGAGAGUAUUGAUGGUGGGGCUGCCAAGAUUUAAAUGAUGGAACUGGCUAGGUGGCUUCUGCAAACAGUGAUGUUUUUAAUCUCUGGCAGAAUGUAGAGGCAGUACUGGGCUCAGCAUUGAUUCUGCUGCUGAUGUAUUAUUCCAACCAGCCCAGGAAUUUCAGGGCUAUUUAUAUUUAAUGUAGAUUUUGGUCAUAAAUGUUUACAGUGUAAAGGAAUUAGAGGAAAAAAUGGUGAGAAAGUGAAGUAAUUUCCUUUGUUGUGUACUGUUGAAUCAUUUAAGACAUCCCUAGUUACUGAACUGACAACAUUGCAAACUGUUUAACUUGAUGACAUAAUCAUUAAUGUGCAAAAUAUCCUUCCAGGUAUUAAUAUAUUUGAUUAAAAUUUAAGAUGUGAAAUACUCGAGAGGCUAACAUUGCAUAAAAUGUCCCUCUCAUCUGGUUAGUCAGGGCUGCCAGUUUCUGCCUAACUUGCUUCAGAUGCUGCUCAAUGGUCCUAAUGAAGGAGCCGUGAAAUUGCUGAGGUGCACGGUGUUGAAAAUCCUUGCAGUCAACUCCCUUAUACUACUCCCUGGCUUCCAUUCCUCAAGGAAAACUGCCUUUCAUGAAGCAUUCCAUGUUGAGACGUGUGAGCUAAAAUGUCAGUAAUAGAGUUUAACUCCAUGAUCUCCAGACUAUGGCCGAGGCACCAUAUGAAUGACAGCUGUUUUUAAAACGGCAGCAUGAGAGAGGGUGGGAUGGAAUAUGCAACAGUGACUGGUGUGUGUUCCGCAGACAAGUGUUUCCUACCAGUAUAUGUAUAAUUUUUUAAAAAUAAGGGUCUUAAUAUUUAAAACCAAUUGUGUCUUCUGAAAUCCAUAUUGUUUUUUGAUAAAAGCAAUGAAAAUAAUUUGUAUGAAAUUUUUCUUUUAGUAGAAGUUACAUUUGAUAUUGGAAAUGGUUUGAAAAUUUUGCCAAAAUAAAUAAAUUGAAAUGUACAUUCAAAUAUAACCAAUAAAACAUUUAAAAGUGAAUUUUCUUUAACUGUAUGCUAUAUUUCUGCAUUUGUGUGACAGAAACCAGCAGUUAAUAUAAUGCUGUUUGAAAGUAUGACUAGUAGUAACACAGACACUUUACACUAAUGUGGACAAUUUAGAUCAAUUGUACUGUUAUUUGUUCCCUAGACUGAACUUUU